GCCCACCAUGCGACAACGUCUCGAACCAUGCCUUUGGACCAGAUCAAAGAGGAAAUAUUGAAAAAUGGGUUUUGGAAGCAGGAUGAUGCAAGGAUUUCAGAGAAGAUGGAAGAGAUCAUCAGAUCGAAUUACCACACGAUAACGGAGCAGGGCUUGAGUCUCCUCAAACUGGCAGUGCUCAAGAAUGAGCUCGUUUCUGGGAUCAUCCGGUCUUUCUUCCCUCGAUCGACGCUUGUGCUCUAUAAAACAAUGGGCAAAACUAAACAUAAGCACGCUAUCCUUGGUCGGACAGAUGAUAUGCGAAUGCUACUCGUCUUUUGCUGGUCUAGCGAAUCAGCUGGAACCAUCUGGUCGGGAUCACAUCUUCGUCAACUUGAACUAGCGCAAGCUGCAAACGGUUUAUUAAUGGUGUCGUCAGACGCAUCUUUAAACCAAGAAAGUAUACGGCCACAUUCUAUCACUUUGGAUCGCGGCGGUUUGGCGAUAGUAGAUGCACGAUGUGCUUGGAAGGUCGAGAAGGGGAAGGCUGCCAUCCUUGCUUUUGCCACUCCAGACGAGGCUCAAUCCUGGGUUAGAACGACUCUGCCGAUGGCCCUAAAGCCCACAGUGACAGAUAUGGUUGAAGAGACGAUGGAUAUGCAUGUGUCUUUUGGGGAUACUAUAUAG